UUUAGUGCUUCCCAGAAUCCACGUUGGACCCGCCUGCCCGGGGCCUCCUUCCUGCCCCCAGGGGCCAGCCGCGGUCCUCUGCCGGCCUCCCUGGCCCAGGAGGGUGCCCCGAAAACCCACUGACCAUGGGGGGGUGGUCGUCAUGAUGCCGCCGCCGCGGAGCAAAAAACCCAGAUAGAGGCCGGGCGCGGAGGCGCCGAUGCUGCCAGGGGCCGCCAUGGAUGGGGACUUCCCUCCGCCCGAGCCCCCGCCGGCGGGCAGUGUCCUGUAUGGCACCCCCCCACUCUGCGGGGCCAGUGUGCAGCAUGGCGUCCUGCACUGCCCCUGGUGGACCAGCUUCCAGACCUCCUACCCAGCCCUCUCCAGCCAAAGCCACCCUUUCAUCGUCGGCCAGUCCUACUUGGACACCAGCUUCAGCCCCGCAUCCACCACCCCCAGCUUCCCACCAAAGACCGAUUUUCCUCAGGACUCAUACUUCGAAGACCUGGCCACGGCCUCCAUCUUCUCCUCAUCCGUGGACUCGCUGUCCGACAUCGCCGACACGCCCGACUUCCCCGCCGCUGACAGCCUCAGCCAAGUGCCCACCAUCUGGGACGUUGUGAGCCCCGGACCCCCAGCCCCCGACAAGCUGUACCUGCCCAGUGGAACUUUCCCAGGACUAGAGGACACUGUCCCCUCCCUACCCAACACCCCACAUCCUAGCUACCAGUCUCAGAGUCAGCCAGAGGAGGAGGAAGAGCCCGAGGAGGAGGAGGCCGAAGAGCUGGGCCAUACGGAGACCUACUCGGACUACGUGCCCUCCAAGUCCAAAAUUGGGAAGCAGCACCCAGACCGCGUGGUGGAAACCAGCACGCUGUCCAGCGUCCCCCCGCCGGACAUCACGUACACCCUUGCCCUGCCCACCUCGGACAAUGGGGCCCUGUCAGCCCUGCAAUUGGAGGCCAUCACCUACGCCUGCCAGCAACACGAAGUCCUGCUCCCCAGUGGGCAGCGGGCUGGCUUCCUCAUCGGUGACGGGGCCGGCGUGGGCAAGGGCCGCACUGUGGCUGGGGUCAUCCUGGAGAACUACCUGCGGGGCAGGAAGAAGUCCCUAUGGUUCAGCGUGUCCAACGACCUCAAGUACGAUGCGGAGCGCGACCUGCGGGACAUCGAGGCCCCCGGGAUCGCUGUGCAUGCGCUGAGCAAGAUCAAGUACGGCGACAACACUACCUCAGAGGGCGUCCUCUUCGCCACCUACUCCGCCCUGAUCGGGGAGAGCCAGGCCGGCGGGCAGCAUCGCACGCGCAUCCGGCAGAUCCUGGAGUGGUGUGGCGAGGCCUUCGAUGGCGUGAUCGUGUUCGACGAGUGUCACAAAGCCAAGAACGCCAGCUCCACCAAGAUGGGCAAGGCCGUGCUGGACCUGCAGAGCAAACUCCCGCUGGCCAGGGUGGUGUACGCCAGCGCCACUGGUGCCUCUGAGCCCCGGAACAUGAUCUACAUGAGCCGCCUGGGCAUCUGGGGCGAGGGCACACCCUUCCGAACCUUCGACGAAUUCCUGCACGCCAUCGAGAAGAGGGGUGUGGGCGCCAUGGAGAUCGUGGCCAUGGACAUGAAGGUGAGCGGCAUGUACAUCGCGCGCCAGCUCAGCUUCUCCGGCGUCACCUUCCGCAUCGAGGAGAUCCCGCUGCCACCCUCGUUCGAGCGCAUCUACAACCGCGCCGCCCUGCUGUGGGCCGAGGCCCUGGGCGUGUUCCAGCAGGCGGCCGACUGGAUCGGCCUGGAGUCCCGCAAGUCGCUGUGGGGCCAGUUCUGGUCGGCGCACCAGCGCUUCUUCAAGUACUUGUGUGUCGCUGCCAAGGUGCAGCGGCUGGUGGCGUUGGCCCGCCAGGAGCUGGCCCGGGGCAAGUGUGUGGUCAUCGGGCUGCAGUCCACCGGCGAGGCGCGGACCCGUGAGGUGCUGGACGAGAAGGAGGGCCAGCUCGACUGCUUCGUCUCAGCCGCUGAAGGCGUCUUCCUGUCCCUCAUUCAGAAGCACUUUCCCUCCACGAAAAGGAAGCGUGACCGAGGUGGCUGUAAGCGGAAACGUCGGCCGCGGGGCCGCGGGACCAAGGCCACCCGGCUGGUGUGCGAGGUGGGCGGUGUGAUCCGCGUGAGCGACGACAGCAGCACUGAGUCAGACGUGGCGCUGGACAGCGACUUCCACUCGUCCCCCGAGUCGCUGGUCGACGACGAUGUUGUCAUUGUGGACACCAUUGGGCUCCCUGCCGAUGACCGCGGGCCCCUGCAGCAGCGGGACCCCCAUGGCCCUGGUGUCCUGGAGCGGAUAGAACAGCUGAAGCAGGACCUUCUGGACAAGGUGCGGGCGCUGGGCCGGGAGCUGCCGGUCAACACCCUGGACGAGCUCAUUGACCAGCUCGGGGGCCCCGAGUGCGUGGCUGAGAUGACCGGCAGGAAGGGCCGCGUGGUGUCCAGGCCCGAUGGGACGGUGACCUUCGAGUCCCGGGCAGAGCAAGGCCUGUCCAUCGACCACGUGAACCUCAGGGAGAAGGAGCGGUUUAUGAGCGGGGAGAAGCUCGUGGCCAUCAUUUCCGAGGCCACAAGCUCCGGUGUCUCCCUCCAAGCCGACCGCCGCGUCCAGAACCAGCGGCGCCGGGUCCACAUGACACUGGAGCUGCCCUGGAGUGCGGACCGAGCCAUCCAGCAGUUCGGCCGGACCCACCGGUCCAACCAGGUCUCGGCGCCCGAGUAUGUCUUCCUCAUCUCCGAGCUGGCCGGGGAGCGCAGGUUCGCCUCCAUCGUGGCCAAGAGGCUGGAGAGCCUGGGGGCUUUGACCCACGGGGACCGCCGUGCCACCGAGUCGCGGGACCUCAGCAAGUACAACUUCGAGAACAAGUACGGCGCCCGGGCACUCAGCUGUAUCCUGGCCACCAUCCUGAACCACGCAGAGAACAAAGUGCCUCCACCCCAAGGCUACCCUGGAGGGGACACCGCCUUCUUCAAGGACAUGAAGCAGGGCCUGCUCUCGGUGGGCAUCGGGGGCCGGGAGUCCCGAUCUGGAGGCCUGGAUGUGGAAAAGGACUGCUCUAUCACCAAGUUCCUGAACCGUAUCCUGGGGCUGGAGGUUCACAAGCAGAACGCGCUGUUCCGGUACUUCUCGGACACAUUCGACCACCUGCUGCAGCUAGACAAGAAGGAGGGCAAAUAUGACAUGGGCAUCCUGGACCUGGCUCCGGGCAUCGACGAGAUCUAUAAGGAGAGCCAGCAGGUGUUCCUGACGCCCGGGCACCCGCAGGACGGCCAGGUGGUCUUCUACAAGAUCAGCGUGGACCGCGGCCUGAAAUGGGACGAUGCGUUCGCCAAAUCCCUGGGACUGACUGGCGCCUGUGAAGGCUUCUACCUCUCCUACAAGGUGCGCGGGAACCAGCCGAGCUGCCUCCUGGCCGAGCAGAGCCGCGGCAAGCACUUCACCGUGUACAAGCCCAACAUCGGCCGCCAGAGCCAGCCCGAGACCUGGGACAGCCUGUGCCGCCGUUUCCGCCAGGUGACGGCAGAGGAAGCCAGGGAGCACUGGGAGCACAUCUACGCCUUCUCUCUGGAGCACUGCAGCCACAUGGCGUGGAACCGGCAGUGCCGCCUGGUGCAGGAGGGCAAGGACUGCCAGCAGGGCCAGCGGCUGCGGCACCACUACAUGCUGUGCGGGGCGCUGCUGCGCGUGUGGGGCCGCGUGGCCGCCGUGAUGGCCGACGUGACCAACAGCAGCCACCUGCAGAUCGUGCGCCUCAAGACCAAGGACAAGAAGAAGCAAGUCGGCAUCAAGAUCCCCGAGUGCUGCGUGCGCCGCGUCCUGCAAGAGCUGCGCCUCAUGGACGCCGACGUGAAGCGCAAGAACGCGCGGGGCCAGAGCUGUCCGGCGCCGCCCGCCCUGCGCCCGCUCACGCUGCCCAGCGGCCCCGGCGAGGUGCUGGACCUCACCUACAGCCCCCCGGCCCAGGCCUUCCCGCCACCCACGCCCUUCGCCUUCCCGCCGCCGCUCCCCGGGGAGCCGGCCGCCGCCGCCGCGCCGCUGCUGGGGCUGCCCGGCCCCGACGUGCUGGGGGACCCCUCGGCGCUGGUCACCCAGGUCUGCGACAUCAACUACAAGGAGGUGCUGGAGGACAUGCUGCGCUCGCUCCACACCGUGCCCCCCGCCGAGCCCCCCGGGCCGCUGGGCGUGGGGGGCGCCGCGGAGGGGGGCGGCGGCGGGGGCCCCGAGCGCCAGAGCGUCAUUCAGUUCAGCCCCCACUUCCCCAACUCCUAGGCCCGGGCGGGCGGCCGACCCCCCCAAGCAAGCAUGCCCCAUGGACGGGCCAGGUGGGCCCGCCGGGCCGCGCCUCCCUCCUCCGAAGAAGCGGGUGGUGAGCGGGGCCAGGACCCCGCGACUACUGAGGAAGUGGGGCCAGGCGCCCCGAGGCCCCAUCAGUGCCUUUGCUGUCAGGUAGGAGUGGCCCCGACAGUGAUGCUGCGGGCCGGGCUCAGGGCCCCGGGGACCUGGACCAAGGCUGGGGGACCCGCCGCUGCCCUUCAGGCCUGAGCAGGGGCUCCGCCCAGUCCCCUUAAAUCCACAAGACUGGGUGACCCCAAGGGCUGGAAACUCAGGAAACCCCAGGUGCUCAGGGCCCCGCCUUCAGUCGGGGGCUCGGUGGGGCGACCCCCCCCAGUAAUAUAUGCAAUCCCCCCUCCCUGCUCUCUGCUCCCUAAAUUAUUACCCAGCUGCCUUGCCCAGGCCCCGGCAGGAUGGCCUGCUGGGGGUGGGGGUGGGGCACCCCGAUUUCUAUGUAUUUAUGACUUCAGGUGUACAUAUGUAAAGAAAUCUUUUUUAAAUAUAUGUGCCUUUUCGCUA